GAGGGGGCGGGGUUGGGUUGGGACUAGGAGCGCAUGGAUGAACGGGCUCAGGAACGAUAGCACUGCAGAGGACACAAGCAGCUACUGGGUAAAAAGAGCACCAACUGCAAUGCAAACGAAAACAGCAAGCAACUUCAGCAAGCAACACCGUUCUGGGGAUAUGAUAAACGAAACGUCUGUGCUGUUUGGGGAAAAUGGAGAAGUUUGACAUUGCGCUUUGUACGCAUUACAUGGAAAGACUUUACAUAACGAAUAAAAGAAAGAAUUCUAAAGCAAGGCAGUUUAAGUCUGCGCAACAAAUGAGCUCACCCACACACUGACUCACUGAAAGGUGAAAAGCAAGCUCACUUUGGUAUGGAGAAACAGGCUUGCCAGAAUGGAUUCUGAUCUUGGUGAUGCCGCAAACGUGUGGAAUAACGCGUCAUUAGGACUGCACAGCGAGGUCCGAUCCUACGCGUCGUCCAACAGCUCCAACUCGAGCUCAGCCCCCGGGCCUGGCAGCGCGCACUUCAGCCUCAGUCGGGCACUGCCUGUGGGCAUGGUUCUGGGCGCGUUUAUAGUUUUCGCGAUCGUGGGCAAUAUCCUGGUUAUCCUCUCCGUGGUGUGCAACAGGCACCUGCGCAUCCCAACUAACUACUUCAUCAUAAACCUGGCCAUUGCGGAUCUGUUGCUUGGUACCACUGUGCUCCCGGUGUCCGCCACGCUGGAGAUUCUGAACUACUGGGUGUUCGGGAGGAUUUUCUGUGACAUCUGGGCUGCCGUAGAUGUCCUGUGUUGCACAGCGUCCAUCAUGAGCUUGUGCGUAAUAUCCAUCGACAGAUAUAUCGGAGUGCGGUAUCCUUUGCAGUACCCGAGUAUUGUGACAGAGAAAAGAGCGCUGCUGGCCAUGCUGGGAGUUUGGGUACUUGCUUUGAUUAUUUCUAUCGGACCCUUGCUUGGAUGGAAAGAGCCGCCUUCUGAAGAUGAAACCAUUUGUCCAAUAACAGAGGAGCCGUUUUACGCGCUGUUUUCGUCUCUAGGCUCAUUCUACAUCCCCCUAGCUGUGAUUUUGGCUAUGUACUGCCGCGUUUACAUCGUUGCCAAAAGGACCACUAAGAAUUUAGAAGCUGGAGUGAUGAAGGAGCGCAAUGACUCCAGUGAGCUCACACUCCGAGUGCAUUACAGAGGCUCUCACAUCCAUGAUGACUGCAGCAGCACAGGCAAGGGCCAAAUGAGGAGCUCGCUUACUGUGAAAUUGCUGAAAUUUUCUAGAGAAAAGAAAGCUGCCAAAACUCUUGGCGUUGUAGUAGGCAUGUUCAUCCUGUGCUGGUUGCCCUUUUUCCUCGUUCUGCCCAUCGGUUCCUUCAAUACCAACCUGCGUCCUCCAGAGACAUUUUUCAAGGUGAUCUUCUGGCUCGGCUACUUUAACAGCUGCCUAAACCCCAUCAUCUACCCGUGUACCAGUCGUGAGUUCAAACAGGGAUUUAUCCGCAUCCUGCGCUGUCAGUGCCAGCAGCGGAAGGGCUGGAGACCAUACAACUACCGAUCCCACAUGGGUCCCGCCAGCCACAUCUACAUGGACAACAGUUCAGUUUGUAUGAACGGCAGUCUUGCUUCACCCAGCCCUCAGUUCUUCAGCAGAGGCACUGGCUCUCAUACAGCAUCAGGUCUCUUUCCAGGCUGGAGUUCCUCCUCCACCUCUCUGUCGAGCAGUUCCUUCCCUAGGAAGUUCAUUGCCAGCCCUGGUCCAGUGUAUGAGAAUUCAGACAAAUCCAGCCCAGUGACUCUUCUUAUUCCUGAUGGGGUUCCAUCAACAGAUCCCCAGCAUUCCAAUGGGCAGAACAUUAAAGCAGAAGUAGAACCAGAAACAAAUUCCAAACCCAUGCCUGAAAUGAAACUGUAGAUGGCUAUAUGACAAUGACAUCUAACUUUCACACUGGUUUCUCUUAUUUGUUUUUUAUGGUGUACAUUUGACAUUCUUGUCUUAAAUGAAAAAUCUUUUUAAUUCUGCAUGUCUGCAUUGUGAACAAAGUUGCUCACAUCAGUGGCUGCUGAUGUUCA